UUCCACCGGAGUACCCCUUUAAAGAAGGCGUACCAUAAAAAACGAGCUACAUAUCACCUACACCUACAAUCAUACGCGUAGAGGUAUACGCAAAAUUGUGCACGUGACGCCACGAGAUGUGACAGCGUUGUCUCUGGCAGUGAAGGGGUUAGCGGGACCAAAGAGGAAGUAUAUUCUGUAUAGGGAGAAAUGCGCUAAGUAUUAACACAUCGCCUGCGGUUUUAUGGCCACUUCCCUGCGGUGGAGUCAAAGAGAAGCAGCCGAGUCGGACGAGAGACCGUCCAAAAAAGUGACAGCACCCAUGGAGUUCCUGAGGAGACAUCUCCCCCGGGUGUACCAGGCCGUGCAGGACGCGCUGGAAUAUUUAACCAAUGUGACGGCGCAAAUGUUCGGGGCGCCGCCCGACGUGCCGCAGCCUAGGAAUGCCCGGGCCAAGACCCCCCUGAGGUCUGAUGAAGCUGCAGCGCCCGCAAAACAGGAAGAGACGAGUGAGACACAGGGUGCAGAUCACAUGACUUUAGAUGUGUUGUCAGAGGACUCUGCUCUGGAGGCCACCGAGGAGAGUAUGAAGACAUACGGGAUACAGCAAGAUGUUGAGAACCGAGCACAGGAGACAGAGGCCAGACAUCGGAAGGAGAGCGUAGACAGAAGACUUCAUGACCUUCAUCAUACUAUUAGUGACAACAUUGAAACCUUUAGUCACCAUCAAGUAACAACGGAGAAGCACAAAGACAAAAGCCAUAGAAAAGUCCCCACAGAUGAUCUAAAGCCAAGAAAACCAGAAGGCAUAGAUGAAAUUGCUUGCAGUGUUACGAGGGAAGUCCUUCAUGAAGCAGUCAACACGGUCAUCAAUGAAGAGGUGUCCAAGAUGAACCAAGAAGCCCUGGUAUAUGAAGAAUCUACAAGGAUCAAGAUUGAACAGGAAUCUUCCAUCUUGAGGCUUGAAGAUUUGUUGACCGACCUAGAACCAGAGAAACCUCAAAAACAUCAAGUUCCACCUACCAGUAGUCGAGUUCUAAAGAGCAACCUGAAUCUAGCAAUCCAAGACGUCUCAGAAGAAGCUUCGAUAUGUUACGUAACAGUAACAUCUGAAAACAUUGACCAGGAAUCUCCAGGAGAUCUUCUAGAUCCUCCAGUCAUCAUGGAAUUUGACGACUUGGAUGUACCAGAAAUGAAAAACCAACAUAAGAAGUUGGUGACUCCAGCUAGUGAGGCAGACAGGUCUCCUUGUGAUCAAGGGGAAGAAGCCAGGAAGACAUGGGAACAUCUCCAGGAGACAGCUGUCCGUCUAGCCAUGCAAUGCGAUUUAGUCCAAGAUGAUGAUCAUGAAUGUAAGACCUUUGGAUCUGGAGAGAACGCAAAAACCUCCCACAUAGAUGAGAUACAUUUAAGCAGACCCGAUGAACAAGGACAUAGAGGAGAAUGUCUAGAAAAUAAAUCACAUGACCCAAAGGAAAUUAAAGAACUUCACCCAGAAGAAAAUAAACUAUCAGAUGAGGUUAGUGGUCCUUCAGAAGACAAUCGAUAUGAUGAACAAGAUCAGAAAGUGGAGAAGAUGAGAAAAAGAGUUCGCUUCUCCCCCAGUACAGAAGAACGAGACCAGAUGUGUGGACUUACAUCAGAACUUAUAGGUUAUGUAAAGGUUGAUGUUGUACAAGAGGGGGUGCUGGAGCCAGCCACUGAAUGCAGUGAUCAUCUACUGAACUUAUACACUAGACCAGAACCGAAGGAUGAAGAAGACGAUGUUGGAUUCUUAAGUGGCAACCAAGAUAUUGAGCCAUCAAUAACAGAUUCAACCACUGAGGAGAACCAGGUGAAUCAAUUACAUGCAAGAUGUACUGUAUGGUAUGACGAGCCCCUCGAAAUGACUGCAGAAGAAAAGAUGUGUGAAUACAUAGGAGACAUGAUCAGCCAGAGCAUAGCUUUGGGCUUCGAAGAAACCAUCAUGGCAAUCUCUGAUAAGAAGUCACUGGAGGAACUUUCCUCUGAUGCUCCUUCUAUUGAAAAAAUGCAAGACAGUAAAGAGGAAUCAACUGGAAACUCAGUGUCCAUUUUAGGUGAUAUCAUAGUUCCUUCAAGAAUGGACUUUGAUGAGGAGUAUCAUCAUGGAGAAGGUACUUGGCCUUUUGAAUUUUAUAGUUCCUUAGAGAAAAGUCCUGGGGUUGUAUCAUAUGGAUCAAAUUUUGUAGAGCAAGAAAGAACAGUAUCUUUAGAAGUCCUGAGUCAGUCAAGUGAAGCAAUGAAGGUGGAUCUUGUGCUAAAUAAGGACACAGAGUUCCUGAAACAAAAGGUCCUUGGAGAAGAUGAUGGUGACGAUACUGAUGGUAAGGAAGAACUGCUUGGACUGGUUCAUUACCCAUCGAAUGAGGAAACUAAAGAGUCAACUGAAGGAGGAUUAAAAUCAAUGACUAAUGAAGGACUAAGUGUGACUCAAGCUACAGAGUAUACACCAGAUGAAAGAUACAACCAAACAUCUGUCCAAGAGCCGGACACAUCAAUAACUGAGCUACUACAAGGUGACAGUCAUGAUCAAUCUACUGAAAUCAUUGAUAUCGAAUCGGAGAGAUACCUCUCAAGUAACACAUCAAAUACUGAUAUAGUCCAAACAACAGAAGAACUGGCAGCAGAAGUCCACAAUAAUGGGGCUGUAGGGUCGGACCUUCCCAUGACGAUUGAAACUCAAGUAGAAGAAGAAGACCUAGCUGGUAAGGAAUAUGAAGACAUAGAAGAUUCAACAGAAGCUAAGCAUAAAAACUUACAAAAACAUGUGAGUGUAAAGGAGGAGCACCACAUACAAGAAAUAGAGGAUUACACAUGGUAUAGGCAAGAUAGUUAUCCAAGGGAUGGCUUUAUAACUUACAGUAAUAGCAAUGAGAAGCCUGGAUCUCAAGAAGAUCAGAAGGAAUUGUCUAAGCAGUUACCCUACAAGGACUCUGAAAGUGAAGUUAUGUUUGAAGAUCUGGAAGACUUAGAAGCAAAGGACAGUCAUCAAGUUAGAGGCUCAGAAGAAGACUUAUCCAAAGUCAGUCAUCCAUGUAUUGUAUCUGAGACCAAACCCAGAAACACAAGACUCUCUCCUGAUCCAGAAGGUGCCUCAGGUUCAGAUAAUGAAUCAGAAGGUAUCUGUUCACAUUCAAACACAGGAUCUGACGUCUUAACAGAAAUCCAGUCUGUGAUCAAUUCAAGUCUGUCAGAGCAGGACGUCUCUGGAGUGACCGGGAGAUUGGAGGUUACACAUGGUGCUGUCCCAAGUGGUAACAUGGAAAUGGAAUAUAUAGAAGACAAUUUUGAAGAUGAGUUGAACUUCCAGGCGGACAAUGUUGUGAGAGAUUUCGAUCUCCAGUCUACGCUUAUACCAGAUCACCUAGUGGAUAAGAUCUUAGGAGAUUUAGCAGAAGAUGGUCCAACAUCUGUUACAAUAAAUAAAGCAUCGGAACAUCAAUCUCUAGAUAGUGGCAAGGAACUGGAGAUUCCUUUGGACACUGGAUCUUUUGCUGAAGACCACAUUGAUGCAAUGUUGGAGCAAAGUUUUGAAGUUAACAACAUCUCUGAACUACAGGGUAAAGGUGAUCUCCUAUCUGAGCUUCAUUCCUGGGUGUCAAUGAAUCGUCCAGCAGAAGUCACCGAGGCUGAGAAGGAAAUUUAUUUGAACUUUAACGCUACCUUCGAAGAGACUUUAGAAAAUAAGGAGGAAGACAGGAGAGCAGAAGAUCAAUCUUCCAUUACUGUAGAUGAAUCAUUAAGUGAACAUUUGGGAGAUAAGUCUUUAAAUAGUGUAAAAGAAUUAGAGAUUCCAUUAGAUCCUGGAUCUCCUCCUGAGGACAACACUGAAGAAAUCAAAGCAGCCACCUCAGACCUUUAUUCUGGAACUCAUGAAGGAGCUGGUGAUCUCUUACCCAACAUGGACUCCUCAGCAAAAGUCACUAAAAUUGUGUCUAAUUUAGAUGUGUCAGAUAAAAGGGAGGAAGAUGAGGGUCAUUUCAGUGAUGAAGACAUUGUAGAUAACUUGUCAGAAACAGUCAUUGUAGAACAGCUGGAACACCCUAAAGAGGAUGGCCCCAGUGUGAGACUCUCAGUAGAACCUAGAUCCAUUAUAGAGCCUGAGCAUACAUAUGAAGAACACCAUAAUUCCUCUAUUGGUAUCAUGGACACUCAGGUCGAAGCUGCUGACUUCAAAAAGAUUAUAAUUGAUCCUACACGAGAAAAUCACUGUGACUUAGACACCAAAGAGGAGAAGUCUUCAGAAAGUAAGGAAGGAGAAGAAAGUCAAUCUUCUGAUACGCUAGAUGAUGCAUCUAGAAGACAAUUUGGAGAUCUUAAAAUAAAUGAGAUUGGGAUUUCUUUGGAAACUGGAUCUCUCAUCGAAGACAUUGACAUUCAUUUUCUAUCCUCUGUUACUGUAGAUGAAUCAUUAAGUGAAGAUUUGGGAGAUACAUCUUUAAAUAGUUUCAGAGAAGUAGAGAUUCCAUUAGAUCUUGGAUCUUCUCCUGAAGGUAAAAUUGAAGAAAUCAAAGCAACCACCUUAGACCUUUAUUCUGGAACUCAUGAAGGAGCUGGUGAUCUCUUACCCAACAUGGACUCCUCAACAGAAGUCAUUGAAAUUGUGUCUACUUUAAAUUUAGAUGUGUCAGAUAAAAGGGAUAAAGAUGGGGAUCAUUUCAGUGAUGAAGCCAUUGUAGGUAAUAAGACAGUCUCUGUAAAACAACAGGAACACCCCGAAGAGAAUGGUCCCAGUGUGAGACUUUCAGAGAAACCUGGAUCCAUUAUAAAGCCUGAGCAUACAUAUGAAGAACACCAUUAUUCCUCUCUUGGUAUUAUGGAUAAUCAGGUAAAAGUUUCUGACUUCAAUAAAGACUUCAAAAAGACAGAAAUUCAUCCUUCACCAGAAACUCAAUGUGACCUAGACACCACAGGGGAGAAGACUUCACAAAGUAAGGAAGAAGAUGACGACAAAAGUCAAACUUCUGAUGAUGCAUCUAGAAAACAAUUUGGAAAUCUUAAAGGCAGUGAGCUUGAAACUCCUUUGGAAACCGGAUCUCUUUUUGAAGACAUUAAUGUAAGUUUGCUCUCCACCUCAGAACUUUUUCAGGGUGACGGUGAUCUUCUCUCAGAAAUCCACUCAGUCAUGACAACAGGUCAUCCAACAGACAAUAUUAACCUUGUCUCUUCUGGUGAAGAACACAUAUUGGAUGCAAGUAAAGCAAGUGAAGUACUGGAUGAAUCAGCUGUAGAUAUUCAAGUAGAUGUCCUUCAAGAUGCUGUUAUUCUAGACGAACAGGAGCAGAUCAUGGAUAACUUCACAGUUAUCACUUAUUCGGAAGAAUUUGGAUCCAGUCUUAUGCCCAGCAAAGAACUUGAGAAAAAUCUAUUUAGUUCUUCAUGUCCAGUUUCCAUUGAAGACUCUCCUGUUGUUCUUGAUAUUGCCAAAACUUCAGAAAAAAAUUUGAAUGUGCGACUACAAGAUCAAGAGGUCCUGUCUGUGAUCACUAGAGAAUACACGGUGGAGGUCACAACAAUUACGUCUACUGUCGAGCUAACUGCAUCCGAUGGAGCUGCCAGAGAAGACAUUGUGCCAAAGGCUAUGACAACAAGUGAAAAUGAAGGCUCUGAGGAGACCACCCAGGAAUUGUGCCCCUCACAACCUAGUGAGAACCAGGAGAAGAAAGUUCAUGAGCAAGAGUCCUUCACAGCAAUGUUGGCCGCUGGCCCACAAGUCAUAGAUAUCACUGGUUGGGAUAUCAACAAUUUCCCAAAAACAACCGACCAUUUUGGUUCAUCUGACAUGGAGAUCAGAUACCCUCCAAGUAUGGAUCAUACCAAACAAGAAGUAAUGGAAGAACAAGCUCAGGAACAAAACAAGCACGUCAUCACAAUCCACACCGAAGAACCGUCAACAUCACCAGAUCAACCAACCCAUAUGGAAUUGAGUGAAGAUCAGGGCAAACCUUUAGAAAAUCACAAAGCAACACUGAAGGAACCGAGCGUGGAAGAAGAUGAUGAUGUUGACAACAACCUGCUCCCUCAUAACACAUUGGACGUCAGCGCCCAGAAGAGCCGUGUACAGCUACGUAGGAAAACCUCCAUUCGCCGCAAGCAGGGACAGCGCCAAGUUACACCUGAGAGUGAACCCAUGGAACCACCAGAGCCAGUCCCCAGACCACGGCCAAUGGGAAUGCCAAUAUUUCCUGGAAAAAUUCCAAUAUUUGCAAUGGCUCCCGCCAUGAUGUCUGAGGCACCACAUCCUGAAGAAGAACAGAAGAAAGAGAAGCCUGCUGAGGAGGAGCUUCUUGUGAAGCCCAAGAAGGGGAUACCAAGGCAUGCUGGGUUCGGGAUCCCGCAUCCCCAGAUGAUGCAGGAGCUACAGGCCCGUAUGAAGAAGAAGAAACCAAAUGAGUGACCAGAGAGGGGGGGGAGGGAUCGUAUGAACAGACUUAAUGUAUUG